GUUAGAAUAGGAUUGUACAUUAUAUUUCUUUAUGCAAUGUUAGUGUCUAUAAAUAGGACUCAGUGUAAUAGUGUAGUAUUUAUCUUAAUCUACGUUGUUCGGACUCGGGUGCGGGUGUUUGAAAUGGGUGCGUAUCUGAGAGUCAGAUUUGGCAAAAUCUAAAUUUUAAGAUUUGGGGCUAUGAAUCCUAGUAUGGACAUGAGUGCAGCGAUCUCGCUAAAAAUGCAACAUUAUAAGAAUAUACUGAUAAAUAUAUUUUAAAUUUGAGAGAUAUUUUUUAAAAUUCAAUCUUUUGUUUUCUUGUGUUCGUAAAGUGGAAUGUAAGAGACAAAUUUUGAGUCAAAUGUGACAUUAGUUAUCAUGGUCUUGUCUCCUAACCAAUUAUAAACCUAAAAAAUUAUGUGUAGAUGAUACAUAUUGAGAUUUGUUGUCUCAGUCAUCGUGGGAUUUUUACCCUACAAACUAGUCCAACAAGUGCAAAUACUGAUCAUACAAACAGUAGGCCCAUGAAAAGUAAAAUGUCAAUAGAAGUGGUUAGGCCCAAAUGUUGAAAUAAUUUAGUUGCAACCUACAGGCCCAUAUAGAUCUCUGAAAAAUUCUUGUUUCAUAUAUAUUGUAUUUCAUCUUACACGCCACUGCCUCUACGAAAUUCACCAAAACCUCAAACACUAGCUCACCUACUCCCUCUCCGCCAAAAUGUAGCUGACAUCCCAUCCAUCUCAGAUCAUCGAUAUUUUUGUCCUAGUCGCCGAAGGUGAAGUCGGAGCAGCUAGGCAUUCGCUCCCAAAAUCUGUCUCCUUAGCCUUUCCUUAAAUUUGUUCUUGACUCUUGCCAAAGUAUCCACAUGGGUAGACCAAAUAUGACACGCACCCCGCACCCUGCACCCGCACCCACCUAGUGUCACGUUGAAACGGGUUCGACAACAAAAUCGAAGAGUCCGCGCAAUAUAGAUCUUAAUAAUAUUUUCCGUGCUUUCUCACAUGGUAUCAGAUUAUUGGCAAGAAUCAUUUGGAAAAUACGGUCACAAUUUCGUGUGCAAUUCUGUCAACUAUACAAUUGAUGUUUGCGUCAUCUCAUCUUUUGCUUUGAUAUUUAUGAAAACCAAUAGUGCCAUCACACUUAGUAGGAAGUUCGGGUGAGAAGCCCACUCAGCUACAUAGUUUGAAAAUCCCAUGAAUGGUUUUGAACGUAAUCAUAUGACUUGAACUUCCGAUUCUUGUAUCUUUGGAAUUAAAAUUAUCAAAUCCCGAAGACGUGGCUCGAAACUUCAAAAGAAUCUGACCAAAGAGGAAAACACCAAGUUUAAGGCAAAAAAUAGAAGGCCAAAAGCUAAAACAAGGUUGGAUCUCGUUGAAAACCCAACACACACAGGUAACAACAACGCAGUGGUGCGUCUGUCUCACAUACCAACAUGUGGACUUGAUUAUGGCCACUUCCUUAAAUUUUCUCUUCUGUCGGGGUGGCCUAGGAAUUCGAAGCUCAUCCAUACAAUUUUCAUAGAAUUCCAAUCACUUUUAUUUUUCUAGUAAGUUUUCAACGAGAUCCAACCUUGUUUUAACUUUUGGCCUUCUAUUUCUUGGCUUAAACUUGGUGUUUUCCUCUUUGGUCAGAUUCUUUUGAAGUUCUGAGCCAUGUCUUCGGGAUUUGAUAAUUUUAAUUCCAAAAGUAGAGGAAUCGGAAGUUCAAGUCAUAUGAUUACUUCCAAACCAUUCAUGGGAUUUUCGAACUAUGUAGCUUGGUCUUUCUCGAUUAUGGGCAAGGGGCAGGUGUUCAAGUUCACUUCAAGAAAAAGGCUAGUGAGUUAGAUGGAAAGACCAAAACACAAGGGAAGAAGGUAGACGCUCAAGUAUGUAGUAUCUUGUGGCGAUCUAUUGCUUUCAAGUUGAUGUUCUUGUUUUGUCCAUGCAACAUGUUCAAUUUGGGAAAAGGCUUGUGCUUUAUCUACUAAUGACAUAUCUCAAUUUAAUGAUGUGAUAUUUUAGAUGACAAACCUAAAUAAAGAUGAAUUAGAUGUCUACUUACUUGGGACACGUACAUACAAUUAUGGAGGAAUUUGAGAGGUGGAUAUAGUUACUUCAAACGUUGAAAAACUAUAGGAGCAAAGACAUACAUUGUUUCUAGUUCUUACACAUGUUGAACCUCCUACCGACCUUGAUUCAGUGCAUGGUCAUAUUUUGGCUAGUCCUACAAUUGAUGAAUUAUUCUCUCGUUACUUCGCCUAGCACCUCUUAAUCAUGGUGUGGUCUCAUCAACAACCGCCAACUCCACUAUUCUCGCAUCUCAAAUCAAGGAAAAUCAUUAAGUGGAAAGUAAUUUAGAAGAAGAAAUUCAACUAGUGGAUUUCAUAGGAGCUUUGUAAGUACUCCUGUUUUUCUUUUUUUGUUGUUGGUUUUUCUAUGUAACUAACACUUUUGGAGGUGGCCAGCGUAACCCUUAAUGCUGAGGAAUACAAUGUUACUAGUUUCAAAAAAAAUCAAGCAUCUCAAUCCACAGAGGAUUGACGCGGAGGUUUUUUGGAAGAUCUCGAUGUAAGCAAGUGUUUUCUUUAUCUCAAGGGAAUAUAAGGUGUUCCUUCCGUUUCGAGCAAGAUUGUUGGUAUGGCUGGGAUUGGUGAGUCAUUGUUACUCGUUGCUUUCUGUGGAUCUUGUACUUUCCUGACCACAAUAUCAUUAAGUGCUAUUGCCACCAAUGGUGCCAUGAAGGGCGGAGGGCCUUACUAUCUCAUUGGUCGUGCUUUGGGUCCAGAAGUUGGUGUCAGCAUUGGACUGUGUUUUUUCCUUGGAAAUGCAGUUGCUGGAGCAAUGUAUGUAUUGGGAGCUGUGGAAACCUUCCUAGAUGCUGUACCAGCUGCUGGAAUUCUUAGAGAAACUGUCACAAGAGUUAAUGGUACAGAUAUUGCGCCCAUUACAAGGCCAAGUUUGCACGACCUGCAAAUUUAUGGGAUUGUCGUGACUAUUCUUCUCUGCUUCAUAGUUUUUGGUGGUGUAAAAAUUAUUAAUCGUGUCGCACCGGCAUUCCUUGUACCUGUUGUAUUCUCAUUGGUGUGCAUAUUCUCUGGCAUUCUUUUGGCAAGGAAUGGUCGUCCAGCAGCUGGAAUCACGGGGUUGAGUUCGGGAUCUUUUAAGGACAAUUGGGGUCCUGCAUAUCAGAGGACUAGUAAUGCUGGUAUUCCAGAUCCUAAUGGAAAGAUAUACUGGAGUUUCAAUGCGUUGGUAGGUCUCUUUUUCCCUGCUGUGACUGGGAUCAUGGCAGGUUCGAACCGUUCAGCCUCGCUAAAGGAUACACAGCGUUCAAUUCCUAUUGGGACAUUAGCAGCAACUUUGACGACUAGUGCCUUAUAUCUAGUUUCAGUGCUGUUCUUUGGAUCUGUUGCAACUCGAGAUAAGCUUUUGACUGACAGGUUGUUGACCGCUUCAAUUGCUUGGCCAUUUCCAGCAAUUGUUUAUGUCGGUAUCAUCCUUUCAACCUUAGGGGCAGCCCUUCAAAGCUUGACUGGUGCACCACGUCUCCUUGCUGCGAUUGCAAACGAUGAUAUUUUACCUGUUCUGAACUAUUUUAAAGUGGUAGACGGAGGUGAGCCCCAUGUGGCCACUUUCUUCACUGCCUUCAUCUGUAUUGGAUGUGUCGUUAUUGGAAAUUUGGAUCUUAUUUCACCAACCAUAACAAUGUUUUACCUCCUAUGCUAUGCUGGUGUGAACUUAUCCUGCUUCCUUCUGGAUCUGUUGGAUGCUCCCAGCUGGCGACCUCGGUGGAAAUUCCACCACUGGAGUCUCUCUCUUGUUGGAGCAUUACUUUGUAUAGUUAUCAUGUUUUUGAUUUCAUGGACAUUCACUGUGGUAUCACUAGCCCUAGCAAGUCUAAUCUAUUAUUAUGUGAGUAUCAAGGGGAAAGCAGGAGACUGGGGUGAUGGUUUCAAGAGUGCAUAUUUUCAGCUUGCUCUUCGUAGUUUACGAUCUUUGGGAGCUAGUCAGGUACAUCCCAAAAAUUGGUACCCUAUCCCCCUCAUAUUUUGUCGUCCAUGGGGCAAGCUGCCAGAAAAUGUACCUUGUCAUCCUAAGCUAGCAGACUUUGCCAACUGUAUGAAGAAAAAGGGCAGGGGAAUGUCCAUCUUUAUUUCUAUUAUAGAUGGGGACUACCAUGAACGUGUUGAGGAUGCCAAGGCAGCUUGUAAGCAGCUAAGUACAUAUAUCGACUACAAGCAAUGUGAAGGUGUAGCAGAAAUAGUUGUUGCUCCCAACAUGUCAGAAGGCUUUAGAGGCAUUGUUCAGACUAUGGGUCUUGGGAAUCUCAAGCCAAACAUUAUUGUUAUGCGGUACCCUGAGAUAUGGCGGCGUGAAAAUUUGAUUGAAAUUCCUGCUACCUUUGUUGGAAUAAUAAAUGACUGCAUUGUUGCAAACAAGGCUGUAGUUAUUGUGAAGGGUCUAGAUGAAUGGCCUAAUGAGUAUCAAAGACAGUAUGGAACCAUUGAUUUGUACUGGAUAGUCAGAGAUGGUGGUCUUAUGCUGUUGCUAUCUCAACUGCUUCUCACAAAAGAUAGCUUUGAGGGCUGUAAGAUCCAGGUUUUCUGCAUUGCUGAGGAAGAUUCUGAUGCAGAGGGACUCAAGGCCGACGUAAAGAAAUUUCUUUAUGACCUUCGGAUGCAAGCUGAGGUAAUUGUCAUUUCCAUGAAGUCAUGGGAAGGCCAAGGGGAGCAGCAAGAAUCUAUUGAAGCAUUCAGUGCUGCUCAGGGAAGAAUAGCUAGUUAUCUGGGAGAGAUGAAAGAGAGAGCGGAGAGGGAUAAGACUCCUUUGAUGGCUGAUGGAAAACCAGUGGUUGUCAAUGAGCAGCAAGUUGAGAAAUUCCUGUAUACCACUUUGAAGCUGAAUUCAACGAUUCUAAAAUACUCGAGGAUGGCUGCAGUUGUGUUUGUAAGUCUUCCUCCUCCUCCUGCCAAUCAUCCAGCAUUUUUCUACAUGGAAUACAUGGACCUAUUGGUUGAAAAUGUACCCAGGCUUUUGAUAGUUCGUGGAUAUCGUCGAGAUGUUGUCACUUUGUUUACGUAGGUAGUUCUGUUCAUACGCUUCCUUUUUCUCUUUUUUUUUUACCUCCUUUGCUUUAUCUUAAUAGAGUUCCAAUUCAAUUCAAUUUGUUACUUUUGUUGUUUUUCUCUUUUCUCCUGGAGGUGGGUGUACAAUAUACUAGUUUUUGUAUCAUUAAUUCUUUUGAACUGAAUAUUUGGGGUAAGAAAAUUUUGUUAUUGAUGAAUCUCUAGGUGACUAUUUAUUAGUCGUCUAAGAAAAUGUUGAAAUAAAAAAAAAUCGUUAUUGAUGAA